UAUUUUUAUCAAAAUUUGAACUGAACGGGGCAUUCUAUACCUUCACCGAUGGAUUUACCGAUGGAUUCUGUCAGAAAUGUGAGGAGAUCUACGCGAGUAAAACCCCACGUGAAAUAUGCAGAAGUCAGUGACGAGGAAACAUCCGAGAACAAUCCACAAACUAAUGUAUUGAAUGCUGAGAUAGAAAAGCAACUAAAAGAUAUCGAAGAGGAUGUACAAAAACCAUUUGAAUUAUUUUCUGAAAAGGAUGUAAGUGGAAAAAAACUAUACGGGUUUCAAACUCCAACAAAAAGAAACAGCAUGAUGAUUAAAGCCAAUCAGUGCCGUACACCUGAGACUCCAAAAAGUUUCAAAACGCUUCCAGUCUUAAAAGUUGUCCUUGACAAGAUUUUGAUAAACCCUGAAAAUCAAAUGGUCAAGAAAGAUAGCAAAAUAUCCCGAAAACGAUACUUGCCCAGUGUAAAUUCAAGUGGCGAUGAGAGUGUAUCAGAAGGUAGUGAAUAUAUACCUUCAGAUGAAGCCAGUUCAGAAUCUUAUGAAACUUCUGAUAAAAGUGAAGAUACCGAUUCUGAUAUAAGCCAGGAAACCAAUGCUAGAAGACAAGUUAAACAAAAAAUAUUGAAACCUUUAUUGAAAUGUGAGGUACAAAGUACACCCAGGAAAACAGGGAGAGGACGUAAGACUAUUGCUUACAAGGAUUAUCACAUAAAAACUGAUGAAUAUUUUGAAUCUCAAUCAGAAAAAAUAGUUACAUCUGAUCGUACAUUAGAAAGACUUAAGAACAAUCGUUUCACCAAAGAAUCAUUAGGAGAGUUAUUAAUAAAUCAAAAUCAUAUUUCUACAACACACAAGAAACGUAUUUGUUUCUUGACAGAAAAUUGUACAUCAUUCUUUCCUAUGUGGCAAUUCAUAUUAGAAGAAGGUUAUAGUCUGCUACUUCAUGGAGUAGGCUCAAAAAGAAAUUUAAUAAAUGAUUUUUAUAAAGAAAUCAUAGAAGAUCAUCCAACAUUAAUUGUAAAUGGAUUUUUCCCUAGUUUAACACUGAAAGAUAUACUUGAUAAUAUAAUAACGGAUUUGUUAGACUUAAAUUGUCCAACAAAUCUUAAUGAUUGCUUAGAACUUAUAGAAACGGUUAUGAAAGACAAUCUGGAUGCUCGACUUUAUUUAAUAAUCCACAAUAUUGAUGGGAUAAUGCUGCGUUCAAAUAAAGCUCAAAGUAUACUUGCCAAUUUAGCAGCCAUUUCAAAUAUUCAUGUCCUGGCAUCUGUUGAUCACCUAAAUGCACCACUCCUUUGGGACCAUGUAAAACGCGCUAAGUUUAAUUUUUAUUGGUGGGAUGCAACAACAUUAUUGCCAUAUCAAGCGGAAACUUCAUAUGAAAAUUCUUUAUUGGUUCAACAAAGCAGUGGACUUGCAUUAUCUUCUCUCCAGAAUGUCUUCCUGUCCCUUACAUCAAAUGCUCGAGCAAUUUAUUUGAUUCUUGUCAAAUAUCAAUUGAGUAACAGCAGUAGUAAUUUUACAGGAAUACCGUUUAGGGAUUUGUAUCGAGCAGCGCGCGAACAGUUUCUAGUUAGUUCCGAUUUGGCAUUAAGAGCACAGUUGACUGAAUUUAUUGAUCAUAAAUUGCUACGAAUUAAACGUACAGUUGAUGGUGCUGAACACCUAAUAAUACCUCUUGAUAAGACUCUUCUUAAACAAUUUAUGGAGCAACAUGGAUCGUAAUAGAUGAAUAUGAGAAAGUAUAUAUUUUUAUAAUAGUCGA